AUGUCUGGCAUACUGGAAGGUCUUGAUAUACGACUGCCGAGGUCGAAGAUCAGCCCAGGCUCACCUUUGCCUGCAUCGCCUGGGUACCUACCUGGUCGGAAGCAUCCGCGCUUCAAGGACAUCAAUCACCUACAUGACGAGUAUCUUGUCAAGGCAGGCUGUAAUCAAGUUCUUAUCCGAACGUCUGUUAAUUUAAACUUGGCUCAGAUCUGGCCUUGGACGUCUGAUCGAGCUCGCGUCACAUUCUUGCGUUCGGAGCCCGCGAGCUGGAUCACUUGGUGUGUACCACACGCGGACCUCCAUAAAGUAGUAUGGGCGGCUCGAUGGGCUGGGUUAGCCUUCCUGUCUGACGACCUCAUGGACGCUGGAAAGGAAUAUAGUCGCAUCAAUGCUCUGAAGCGCGCUGGCAGAGGCGAUAGAGCAAUUGAAAUCGCUCACAACCGCCUCUCUGAGGCGCUCAAAUUGACGGCGGGCCCAAAGGAAUUCGCACAAUGCAUCAAGCUGACAGACGAAUGGUGGGAUUCGCACAUCCACGAAGAAUUUCAAAGCCUUGAGCAAUAUCUGUCUGUUCGCCGGGUCAACGUCGGGAUGUUCUUUGCAAAUGCAUGGUGCAGAUAUGCUCUCGAUAUCCGUCUGUCCGAUGAACAACUCUUCCAUCCCCUCAUGCGCGAAGUAGAAGGGAUAGUGUCUGACCACGUAGGCCUGGUCAAUGACUACUAUUCCUAUCCGAAAGAGCGGCUUUCAAACUCUGACGAUACCAAUAUCAUUCGGCUGUUGAUGGAUAGUGAGGGUGUCAAAUACAAACAAGCUGCUGAAACAGUCAGGAAGAAGGUCGGUGAAAAGGAAAAAGAGUUCAUUCUUGCAGGAGAAGCGGUCCUACGCGACCCGGAGCUUUCCCGAAGUGUGAACGUCCACCGAUGGCUCACCAAUAUGCCAUACAUUCUUGGUGGGAAUAUCGCGUUCCACCAAACUGUGAGCACCCUAGGCCGUUGUUUGAGUAUGCAAGCGAAGAUAUGCUUGCCGUAA